AUGUGUUAUGAAGCGUACAUGUUUAAGGUGGAACAGCACAUCGUCGGACUGUGUCUGGAGUAUCUGCGUAUUGCCAGUUUGCUGCGCCAGCAACUUUACAACAGUUAUCCCCUGCCCGUCAUCCGCACACAUCAGGAGGAAUGCCAGAAGCUCGAAGAAUACCUUGGCCUCCACCAGCUGUACUCGGUGGUCAAUUCUGUGGUCAUAAGUCGCAUGUGUGGCUCAAGCUCUUCGUUACGAGCGAGCCAUGCCCUCCUGAAGGAAGGUUUGGACGCCUGGUGCCCCGCCCUGAUAUCGUUUGCUGUGCAGCACUGCGAAGCUUCGUCAGUGCUGCUCAGACGGCAGCUCUUCUCGCCUCCUGCGCUGCUCAAGCUGCCUAAAAUAUACGAGUUUCUCUUUAAGUUUAAUUAUCAUCGUCCGUGCGAGCGUUGUGAUGAGCCUGUACCACACCCACUGUUGUGCCUCAUCUGUGGGGCUGUGGUCUGCGACACGGACCGCAACAACAAAGGGAAGUACCACUACGUGCAGCACAGCUACCACUGCGGUGGGUCACAUGGUCUCUUCCUGGCCAUCAACCAGACCAUCACGGUGGUGGUGAGGGGCCCGCGGGUCAUGAAGUGGGACAGCCUCUACCUCGACAUUAUACUGCAGUAG